AUGCACACAAUUCUUUGCACCUCCGAGAAACCCAAGUCGCUGGCAGCCUCCAUAGUGCACGGAGACUCGUCAUCGACGGAUGACCGCGAUAAUACGGCGCUGUCUAACUCGGUCAGUCUCUCGUUGGCGUUGGAAGAAGUGCUAUGGUCUCAGCUAUCAACCUCCGCCUCCGUGGAGAGAAUUGCAGGAUUGCAAAUGAUGUGGGUUCUAAGCCUCGGACGACGUUGGGGUGGCCGGGGAGAAAUACAUGGACCCAAGGUAUUUCGACUCACCCGUUGUUGUUUCUUGAUGUGGAAAUGUAUUCCUAUGGACACUCGACGAUACGUGCGCUUGAACUCGCCGCUGAGCCAGGAUGUUUUCGGAGCGGUUAUUUGGACUGACAUUUGGCGCUUUCGUCAGCAAAUCAUCACCACUCAAUACAUCAGAGCUACAUCGAACAACGACGGCAACGCACUCAAAAAUCUCUCCAUUCAAACCCGAUAUGGAGGGGGAGGGGGAUUAGGCUAUUAAAAGUGAAUUGCAAGGUCGAGGAUGCGAUAAGAAAAUACAUAGUGUCGUAACAUAGUAGGAUUCGGAACAGAGGAAAAAGUCUUAAAGGGAAGGCGUAAUAGUAACCAACGAAAUGGUCAACAGGGUCGUGAUGAGUGCGGAAGUUAACGCAGUGCAUGCAAAAGAAAGCUACGAUAGGGAAGAGGAGCUCGCAUGUCAUAAGAAGCGAAUAAGUGAUUUUUGGAAAAUGACAUGCGAUUGCCAUGAGGUCGAAAGUGGACGAAAGGGAACAGUGAAAUGCCUCCGGUCAUGUAAAUACCCUUCGCGUUAAUCUUUCAUUCGAUUUGCAACCACCCAUGCAGCGACCCCAAUAAAGACAACGCCCGCGGCUGACACGAGCGGUAACGGCUAUAAUCGGAGCGAA